AUUCCCGUGACCCCUGAGAGGAUAAGGAGCUUUGAAAAUGUAUGGAUGGAUGGAUGAGAACAAGUCCAUUGCACAUUUAUAAAAAAAAAAAAAAAAGUAGGGGGGUUGGUCACAAUUUUUGCACCUUCAAAAUUGAUCGAUGCGAUGUUUUCAGUUACUCUUCCAAAUUCUAUGCUUUGACAUUAAACAGACUUGUCACAAAUGAGAAUUUGCAUCCAGAAUGGCUGCAAUUUUUAGGCGGACAGCCACCUGACAGUUCUAGCAAAUAAGUGUGUAGAUACAAUAUACAUUUGUUUAGUUAAAGAGCAAUUAUGAUUACACAAGAAAAUUAAACAUUACACUGAAUAAUGAAUGAGCAAUUGAUUUCCUCUUUUAGAUAAUCAACCGUGUUUUUCUCAAAUUUGAUCUUGGCAGAUCACCCAAGUGAAACAAGUUGGUUAAUGUGACAAUAAUCACGUGCAAGGUAAAACAAUGCAUCCUCUAAGAUACUGUGUCAGAAUUAAACUCUAGAAUCUCUGCAGAAUAACAAAACAGGUAAACAUGAUAACCAGUGAUAAAAUAGAUCAGAUGUAGCCAGAACUACAACUGAGAUUUCAUUAUUUUACAUUAUUUUAUUAAAUGUUUGAAUGGGGGGGAAAAAAAGCAAAAGGUGCUGGAUGUUAAAAUUGCAGAAAACAUAAACAGCAAUCUGUUAGUUACGCCUAUGGUUAUUCGAGUGAAAAGAGUAAAGCAAUGAAAGAUGCUGUAUAGCAAUUGUAGAGUUAGGAUCAUAACAUCCAUUCAUCCAUCCAUUUUCCGCUUUCCAGAUACACCACUGUGCCGCCAUCAUAAUAACAAUAAUAAUAAAAUUAAAUGGAAAUAUGCUGUCACAUGAUUGCCCUGUAACAAUCCAGCAUGCCCCCUCAAGUAUGCAUACUUAGAACCGGACAUGUGUAUUUGCUUGUUUCGCUCGCUCUUUGAGAGAGCGAGCGGGGGGGCGAAAGAGAGAGAGCGUGAGUGAGGGAGGUGAGAGAGAUAGCGAGAGAGAGAACGAGUGAAUUAGUGCAAUCGAGUGAUGGGUUAGUGGCCAGUACUCACCUGUCCUGCGCAUGAGGUUGUACGCCUGCUCUCGGCUGUACGGAAAGCAUGUGACUGAGCUGCACCACAGCGCGUUCAUGUGUCUCGCAAUGACGGGCAACUUUUAGCAGCCUGCGAGCGAUCUCGUGGAAAGACACAAAAUGAGGAUGGCCAGCGAAGAUCUGCUAGUGACUCUCCAAAUCUUACCUGGUUUCUUUUCAAACUGUCUUUUCCUGGCGCUGUACGACUCCAUGGUGCUCGUGAAGCGCAUGGUUUCGCUUUUGAGUUGCUCCAGGUCCGCCGCCGGCUCGGGAGAGUGGCGCCGCAUGUUGACUACGGCGGGGCUCCGCUCCAUCUGGAAUAGUUUCUUGCUGGACGCCUACAAAAAGGUUAAAGUCGGCUGUGAGGCACCUAACUCCAAAGUUGUGAAGGUGUCGAGUAGUCCUCAGUCGAGCAACAUGGUUCAGACUAUUCCUAAUGAACCACAAGCUACAAGGGUCCGAAAUCGAGAUGAAUGCCGACUCCUGGAUUUUGAGUCAUCAGAUCGCCCCCUGGUGGUCAACUUUGGCUCGGUCACAUGACCCCCCUUUAUCAGCCACUUGCCAUCUUUCCGGAGGCUGGUGGAAGACUUCAACGAUGUUGCUGACUUUCUGCUGGUGUACAUUGAUGAGGCUCAUCCAUCUGACGGUUGGGUGGCCCCGCCUAUGGGCUCUUGCUCUUUUAACGUACGGAAGCAUCAGAGUUUAGAAGAAAGGCUGGGCGCGGCGCGCCAACUAAUUGAUCACUUUUCUCUCCCACCACAGUGUCAGCUGGUAGCUGACUGUAUGGACAACAAUGCUAAUGUGGCUUAUGGUGUGUCAAAUGAACGUGUGUGUAUAGUGCAACACAGAAAAGUUAGCUAUCUGGGUGGCAAGGGGCCAUUUUUUUACAAUCUGAAGGAUGUGAGGCAGUGGCUGGAACAAAGCUAUGGAAAACGGUAGAAAAAAUCCAGGACUGGUAAAAAAGAGCAAUUAUGGUAUCCUGCUUUUCAUGCUCUUCAAGACAACCUUGGUUUUUCCUUGUGCACGUGAGACAAGAUGAAUAAGUAAGUGACUGAAUAAACUUCAAUGUUUAGUUUUACCAAUGGCAAAACCUGUUCUAUGCUGCUAACACUUCUGUUGAUUCCUGAAAUUGAAGAAUGAGAGCAAUAACAACUUACUAUAUUGGUAGUGUGCAUUAAGGAGGUUGCAUGGGUCUUUAAAUGUUUCCCAGCCAUCUUCCAAAGUAAUAAUUUCACACAUAGUUUUGUCGCCCUCUCUCAUCUGCAUGACCACUUACUUCAUACAUGACUGUGAAAAAAGUGUUUGUCCCCUUCUCAAAUUUGGAUUUAGCUUAUUAUUAUAUUAUUGUAUUUAGCUAGAGUUUCCCCAUUACAAUGUUGAAAAGCAUCAAACAAAUUUAAAUAUCAGACAAAUCUAACUAAAGGCGAACUUAAUAAGUUAAUUUACUAAGGAAAAUAAAUCUCUUCAAAGCUACUUUGCCCUUUGCGAAAAAGUAUUUGAUCCUCCACUUAAAUUAUGAAUUAAAUGUGGCUAAUCCCAUUUUUAGGAAAGCUGAUUUUUGUUUUCAUUGGCCAGAUCCAAGCCUGACGAACUAAAGAAUGGUUCAAUCUAGAAAUCAUGUAAUCGAACUUGUCUACCAGAAUUAAGUCUCCCCAAAGAUAUCAAAAACAUGCAACAAAAUACCACAAUUCAAACAAAUCCAAGAACAAAUGAGAAAUAACAUAUUUCACAUCUAUCUGUCUGGGAAGGGUUAGAAAUCUAUUUCCAAAGCUUUAUGACUCAAGCAAAUCCUUCUCGGGUGUUGCCGCCAUACGAAAGGUACUCCUAGAGCACAAAAAUGAUUCAUCCACGAGGUAAAAGAAAAAAAACAGGGACAACGUCUAACGAACAGCAGGCCUCCUUGCCUCGGUUCAGGUCAGAGUUUUCAUGACUAAACAAUAAGGAUUCAUCAAGGCAGAGUUCCAAGGGGACACCCACUGGUGACCAAAAAGAACAUAAAGGUUUGUCUUUUUCUGCAAAUACACACAAACACACAAAGAAGGUUUUAGAAUUGCCGAGUCGAAGUCCGGACUUUAAUCUUGAAUCAUCUUAAAAAAGGCUGUUCAUAGUCAAAACCCCUCCACUAUUGAAUUGAAACAAUUUUGCAAGGAAGUGGGCCCCCCAAAUACAUACAGAUGUCAAAGAAUGAUUGCCAGUUACAGAAAAUGUUUGAUUUCAGUUACUGCUGCUGAGAUUGGCCCACCCAACCAGUUAUUAAGUUUUGGAGGCAAUUACUUCUUCACACAAGGUGAAGUUGCAUUGAAUUGUUUUUCUUCUCCUCUAAUAAAUAAAAUAUCGAUUUUACAUGGGUUAUCCAUGUCUGAUAAUUAUAUUUCUUUAUGUACGCAACCCGAGUGAGGAUAUGCAGUACUGAAAAUGGAUGGAUGGAAAAUGAUCUUAAAAAUAGGAAUGGGGAAAUUGAAAAAAAAAAAGUGACAAGGGGCCAAAAGCCUUUAUCCCAGCAAUAUAUGUGAUAAUCGAGACUGUCAAUGCUUCAAGCAGCACAUGCAGAUUUUCCAGUAGAGUAAACAAUGAGUUUUUGACCAGGGCAAACUAAAAAGGUCGUUAUGGCAAAUUAAAAAGAUGAAGUGCACUGGUUGGUCAAAUUAGGUCACUAUAAUAUUUCCCCUGUGUUUUCCCAUUAACUGCCACAUUCAAAGUUUGAGUUUACAAAGGAACAGUCCAGACCCAAAAUCACAACCACAUCUGAACAACCCAUCCCCGUUACUAUUUCUGGGUCAAUUUCUAAAGACUUUUUUUUGGACAGAAACUCCCUACACUAUAUUUAUGUCUUCCAUCUUCUCAUAAACCUAUGCAUCCGGAAUAACUGCUUUAUUCCGUCUCUUCAGAAGUGUAACUUCAUGCAUGCUCACUUAGCUUAUAAGCUCAACCGAUUCUUAGCAAAGCGGCAACUUAACUUUUAUUUCAUCUGGUUUAAUUUAUAUUUAUACAAUUUCUACAAGUGUAGUUGAACUCAGUAAAUUGACACAAUGCAGUAAAACUCCAUUUAAUCCUUCAAACCUACAAUGGGGACAAGCGUCAAUUGAAAGCAAUGUAAAAAAAAAAAGUCAGAAACUCCUUUUUAACCUCCAUACAAAUUAAUAUAGUGCAACAUUCAAAUCUAAUUGAUCUUGUUUUUUUUUUUUUGUUUUUUUUUUUAAACGUGCAGGAGCAAACAUUAAGAAGCAAGGACCCUGACUGUUUGUUUUAAAUGAAAUGAUUUAACAUUCUUGCCUUACAACUUAAGGUGCUCAACAGUCUGAAGUCAUGUUGUAACAUGAGUUUUACCAAAAAGAUUAUGAUCUCUCAUUCCUAUUAAAAUGCCUGGUGCAUUUACACUGGCAUUUAACUGAUGACCUGAGUGCAUUUUGCUGGGAUCCACACUUGUUGCUCAUACUGUAUGUGUCAAAGGGGAUAAAAAAGAAGAACUAGAAGAAUAACUAGACCAUGUAUCAUUUAUAAACACACAACUGCUUCAAUUUGAUCUCAACAAAAUGUUUUAGUUUUUAAAAGAUUCAACCUAUGUACAGUCUAUUUGAAGGGGGCAUGGAGUUAUACUGUAUUCAAUACAAUAUAGAUUGUCAAUGAUCUGAAGUUUUUCUUGACAUUUUAACUUUAAUUUUGAGACCAUCAUUGUCUCAUCAUAAAAACUGUUCCAGAAAUUUUGACUUUGGCUCUUUGACUCCACCAUGUUUGACAUGUACUGUAAAUAUGUACUUAUAUUGUUUGUGGAAUAUACAGUUAAUACUACGUGAUGCCAUCAUAAAUUAGGGAACCUGUGUGGACAUCUGUUGCAUUCCAGCACCACACCCUGCCUCCUACACAAUAAUGUUUCAUAAGAUGUAUCAAGAAAACACAUGCUGCUUUGAUUGUUCACUUUUCUCACUCAAAAAACCUUUGGAUGGAAAUAUGGGAAUUUAUCCUGCUUUUUUAAAUAUUCUGGGUGUUUCAGUUUUCACGAUAAAGGGCUCAAAAUAGUUAUAUCUCUUUUUAAUGUGAAUUUAUGGGCCAAAGUGUGGGGGGAAAAUUGGAGGUCCGUGGAAAAUUACACGAUGCAAUUAGAGCAAUUGGAGAAAUUGCUUGCAACAAGACAAGUCUCAACAACUCAUUGAGUUAUCUGCAGAAACUAAUUCAAUGUUCAUUCCAUGUUUCUUGUGUUGCCUUGCCUUUGAAACAGGUCCCUUUCUGAGCCUCGCUGCCUUAAAACAAAAUAUCAGUUGACACAGCUUUGGGUUGAUUAUAGAGAGCUUGUGAAGAAUUUUGCAAUAUGCUGUCUGUAGAAAUGUUUAUGUAAAUGUACAGGUUGAUUAUUUUGUUUAACUUUCAAAUGUUGUUCAUGACAUCUGAGAUUUAAACAAUAUUAUCAUCCUGUUGUCGAUCUGUAGUGUGUAGAGCAUUUGUGAAGGGUGUCUGUAUGGUAAGAGUGUCCAUGAAUCAGAUGGUCCUGCUCAUGGUGAUAAAGGUGUACUGAUGAAGACCUGCGAUGAAAGAGUGUGUAACUCAGUCUCUGGUUGGAUUGUAAUCACACCUGAUCAACUUUAGAAGGAACAACUGCAUCUGUCCUUUUACAUCUAAACUGAAGCGCUUUGUCUCAACAAACUGCAUUUAUUGUCUAUUUUGAUUCAUAUUUAAUGCAAUAUCCUCUUUUCUAUUUUGUCAAGGGAAACAAUAAAGUGGAAAAUAAAGUAAAUAUUC